AUGGCAGAAACUGCUUCUCCACUGAAGCACUUCGUGUUGGCUAAGAAGGCAAUUACAGCAGUCUUUGACCAGUUACUGGAGUUUGUUACAGAAGGAUCACAUUUUGUUGAAGCAACGUACAAGAAUUCAGAACUUGACCGAGUAGCUACUGAGGAUGAUCUGAUAGAAAUACAGAGGUAUAAAAAUAAGCUUUCCAUCAUUGGUGAGGAGACAUGAAAGGAAGCCCCGAAAGUGGCAUUUUUUGGCAGGACAAGCAGUGGGAAGAGCUCUGUCAUCAUUGCCAUGUUGUGGGAUAAAGUCCUCCCUAGUGGAAUUGGACAUACAACCAGUUGCUUCCUGAGUGUUGAAGAGACGGAUGGAGAUAAAGCCUGUCUCAUGACAGAAGGGUCACAUGAAAAAAAGAAUGUGAAGACAGUUAAUCAGCUGGCCCAUGCCCUUCAUAUGAACAAAGACUUGAAAGCUGGCUGUCUUGUACAUGUGUUUUGGCCAAAGGCAAAAUGUGCCCUCUUGAGAGAUGACCUGGUUUUAGUGGAUAGUCCAGGUACAGAUGUCACUACAGAGCUGGAUAGCUGGAUUGGUAAGUUUUGCUUAGAUGCUGAUGUCUUCGUUUUGGUUGUAAACUCCAAAUCAACUCUAAUGAACACUUAAAAACAGUUUUUUCACAAGGUAAAUGAACGACUUUCCAAGCCUAAUAUUUUUAUUCUGAAUAAUCGUUGGGAUGCCUCUGCAUCAGAGCCAGAAUAUAUGGAAGAUGUAUGCAGACAGCUCAUGGAAAGAUGCCUACAUUUCUUGGUGGAGGAGCUCAAAGUUGUGGAUCCUUUAGAAUCAUGGAAUCGUAACUUUUUUGUUUCUGCAGAGCAAGUUCUUAGUGCUAGAAAGCACAAAGCCCAGGGGAUGCCAGAAGGUGGUGGGGCACUUGCAGAAGGAUUUCAGGCAAAAUUACAGGAGUUUCAGAAUUUUGAACAAAUCUUUGAGGAGUGUAUCUUGCAGUCAGCAGUGAAAACAAAGUUUGAACAGCACACUAUCAGAGCUAAACAGAUACUAGAAACUGUGAAAAACAUAAUGGAUUCAAUAAACGUGGCAGCAGCAGAGAAAAGGGUUUAUUCAGUAGAAGAGAGGGAAGACCAAAUUGGUAGACUGGACUUUCUCCGAAACCAGAUGAACCUUUUAACAUUGGAUGUUAAGAAAAUAAUCAGGGAGGUUUCAGAAGAGGUUGCAAAUAAGGUUUCAUGUGCAAUGACAGAUGAAAUUUAUGACUCUGUUUUUGUUGAUGAAUUUUGUUCUGAGUUUCAUCCUACUCCAAGUGUAUUGAAAGUAUAUAAAAAUGAGUUAAAUAAGCACAUAGAAGAUGGAAUGGGAAGAAAUUUGGCUGAUCAGUGCACCAAUGAAGUCAAUGCUUCAAUGCUUCAAUCCCAGCAAGAAAUUAUUGGAAAUCUGAAGCCAUUACUUCCAGCUGGUAUGCAGAAUAAACUACAUACACUGAUUCCUUGCAAGAAAUUUGAUCUCAGUUAUGACCUAAAUUGCCACAAGUUAUGUUCAGAUUUUCAAGAGGGUAUUGUAUUUCAUUUUUCCUUGGGCUGGUCUUCCCUUGUCCAUUGUUUCUUGGGCCCUACAAAUGCUCAACAGGUGCUUCUAGGAUUAUCAGAGCCUAUCUUUCAGCUUCCCAGAUCUUUAGCUUCUACUCCCACUGCUCCUACCAAUCCAGCGUCACAGGAAGAACUCAUGGUUACCUUAAUAACAGCAUUAGCUUCUCUUACGUCUAGAACUUCUAUGGGCAUCAUUGUUGUUGGAGGAGUGAUUUGGAAAACUGUAGGCUGGAAACUCAUAUCUGUUUCAUUAAGUAUGUAUGGAGCUUUGUAUCUUUAUGAAAGGCUGACUUGGACCACCCGUGCCAAGGAGAGAGCCUUUAAACAGCAAUUUCUGAAUUACGAAACUGAAAAACUGCAAAUGAUUGUUAGCUUCACAAGUGCCAACUGCAGCCAUCAAGUACAACAGGAAAUGGCGACCACUUUUGCUUGCCUGUGCCAACAAGUUGAUACUACACAAAGACAUCUAGAAGAGGAAAUUGCUAGAUUUUCCAAAGAAAUAGAUCAAUUGGAGAAAAUAUAAAACAAUUCGAAGUGCUUAAGAAAUAAAGCUGUUCAACUUGAAAACAAGCAGGAGAAUUUUACUAAGCAGUGUCUACAUUCAGGCAAUGAAGAAGAAUCUUAA